AUGGUGAGCUCCAGGGCUUUCCUCCUCCUCCUUGCCAUCCUUACUGGCUGCGCCUGCAGCUUCCCUAGUCCUGUCCUGGCGGCUCGUGAGCUGAGCGACGAUGCAGCCAUGGCCGAGAGGCAUGAGAGGUGGAUGGCGGUGUAUGGCCGCGUCUACAAGGAUGCAGCCGAGAAGGCACGACGCUUCGAGGUGUUCAAGGACAAUCUCGCAUUCGUCGAGUCGUUCAACGCCGAUAAGAAGAACAAGUUCUGGCUUGGCGUGAACCAGUUCGCCGACCUGACUACCGAAGAGUUCAAAGCAAACAAAGGCUUCAAACCGAUCUCAGCAGAAGAGGUCCCAACGACUGGAUUCAAGUACGAGAACUUAAGCGUUAGCGCGCUUCCGACGGCCGUCGACUGGAGGACCAAGGGAGCUGUCACACCCAUCAAGAACCAAGGCCAGUGUGGUUGCUGCUGGGCGUUCUCGGCCGUAGCUGCCAUGGAGGGCAUCGUGAAGCUGAGCACCGACAACCUCGUCUCACUCUCAGAGCAAGAACUGGUGGACUGUGACACCCACAGCAUGGACGAGGGUUGCGAGGGGGGCUGGAUGGACAGCGCCUUCGAGUUCGUCAUCAAGAACGGAGGCCUCGCCACCGAGUCUAGCUACCCGUACAAGGCCGUAGACGGCAAGUGCAAGGGCGGGUCAAAGAGCGCCGCGACGAUCAAAGGCCAUGAGGACGUGCCGCCCAACAACGAGGCCGCGCUCAUGAAGGCCGUGGCCAGUCAGCCUGUGUCGGUCGCCGUCGAUGCAAGCGACAGGACUUUCAUGCUUUACUCCGGCGGUGUGAUGACCGGCUCCUGCGGCACUCAGCUGGACCAUGGGAUCGCUGCGAUCGGCUACGGCGUGGAGAGUGACGGCACAAAGUAUUGGAUUCUGAAGAACUCAUGGGGCACCACUUGGGGAGAGAAGAGAUUCCUACGGAUGGAGAAGGACAUUUCUGACAAGCAAGGGAUGUGCGGCCUUGCCAUGAAGCCUUCCUACCCCACCGAGUAG